GUGAAAGAAAAAAGAGGGGAGAAAAUAAAAUCGAGAGGGGAAAUGGAGACUGGUGAGAUCGUAAGCUAGGAUUCAAUGCGAGUCAAAAAUCCGUCUACGAAUCCGAAAUUUCUUCCCAAUUUCUCGAGUUAUCUCUCCGAUUAGGCUGAUAUACACUUCUGCGGAUUUGGGAUUGUGGGUGAUAGGAAUCUGGACUGAUUCUUGAUCUGGGCAGAGUUCAAAGCUGCUGAGUUUGUGGACUGUGUGUGAUCUUACUUUGUUCAAACUAUCGAAUUCGUAAGUAGAAAGUUGUCGUCCGAUGGCUAACUUACCACAGAGAUCGGUUAAGUACCCGGGCACUCUCAGUCCUAUAGAACCAGAUAGACCAUCAACACAGCCGGAAAGAAGCCCAGUCCCUCAUUCUUCUCCAAUAGUAGCUUCACCUACACCUCCUAGGUAUCCUCAACCAAGUUUCAGACCAGAUCAGAUGCCUUCACCUUCGAUGAUGUCACCUUCGAAUGGUGUUAGAACCGGGAGUCCUGUUCCUCGUAUGAGUACUCCGCCUGGUCCCCCUUUCUUCAAUACUCCUGUCAAACCAGCUGCUGUGCCUUUCCGUACCUCUCCAGCUACUCCUCAGCCUAUGGCAUACUCUUCUGCCACGGCUUCUUCUCUGCCUGUAUCUACACCUUCCUUUUACUCAAACGGCUCAUCAGCUGGAUCGCAGCGUGAUCUUCCAGAUGUUGUUAAGAUGGAGGAGCCAAUAGCUCCAGACUCGCCUUAUGUUUUGUUUUCUGCAAAUAAGGUUUUAAAGCAGAAGAAGCUCGCUAAUGUUGCUAGCCUGGGGUUUGGAGCAAUAGUUUCUGCGGGGAGGGAGAUUAGUCCUGGUCCUCAGAUUAUCCAACGUGACCCACAUCGCUGCCUGAACUGUGGAGCGUACUCUAAUCCCUAUAGCUCCAUAUUAAUUGGUUCAGGCCAAUGGCAGUGCGUCAUCUGCGAGAACAUGAAUGGAAGUAAAGGUGAAUAUGUAGCUUCGAGCAAGGAUGAGUUAAAAAGCUUCCCUGAACUUUCAUUGCCUCUGGUUGAUUAUGUUCAGACUGGAAACAAGAGGCCUGGGUUUGUUCCUGCCUCUGAUUCUCGGACAUCUGCACCUGUCGUCCUUGUUAUUGAUGAGUGUUUAGAUGAACCACACCUUCAGCACUUGCAGAGCUCUUUGCAUGCGUUUGUAGAUUCGCUUCCACAAACUACCAGGCUCGGGAUUGUACUGUAUGGACGUACUGUCUCGAUAUAUGAUUUUUCUGAAGAAUCCGUAGCGUCAGCCGAUGUUAUUUCUGGUGCAAAAUCACCAUCUGCAGAGUCGAUGAAAUCGCUGAUUUAUGGGACCGGUGUAUACUUGUCACCAAUGCAUGCAUCACUAAAGGUAGCACAUGAGAUAUUCUCGUCCUUAAGACCAUACACAUUGAAUAUUCCUGAAGCAUCUAGAGAUAGGUGCCUUGGAACUGCUGUUGAGGCUGCUUUUGCCAUAAUUCAAGGACCAUCAGCAGAAAUGUCUCGGGGAGUGGUCAGAAAAGCAGGAGGUAACAGUAGAAUCAUUGUUUGCGCUGGUGGACCCAUUACAUAUGGUCCCGGAUCAGUACCUCAUUCGAUGACUCAUCCAAAUUAUCCAUAUAUGGAAAAGACAGCAAUAAAAUGGAUGGAGAAUCUGGGGCGUGAAGCUCACAGACACAAUACUGUCGUCGACAUUUUGUGCGCUGGAACCUGUCCUCUCAGAGUUCCUGUUCUGCAGCCACUUGCAAAAGCUUCAGGCGGUGUUUUGGUUCUUCACGAUGAUUUUGGUGAAGCCUUUGGUGUGGACUUGCAGAGGGCUGCCACAAGGGCAGCGGGUUCACAUGGUCUGCUUGAAGUUCGGUGUUCAGAUGAUAUUCUCAUAACUCAGGUGAUUGGACCUGGCGAAGAAGCACAUUCAGAAACUCACGAGACGUUUAAGAGUGAUGCGGCUCUCUGUAUUCAGAUGCUGAGUGUUGAAGAAACACAAAGCUUCUCUCUCUCGAUGGAGAAUAAGAGAGACAUCAAAAGAGAUCACGUCUUUUUCCAGUUUGCUUUCCAUUAUUCGGAUGUUUAUCAAGCCGAUGUGUCUCGAGUUAUCACGUUCAAAUUGCCAACUGUUGAUAGUGUCUCAGCAUACCUUCAGAGUGUAGAGAACGAAGCUGCUGCGGUUCUCAUCUCAAAGAGAACUCUUUUGAUAGCGAAAACUCAGAAGGACGCAGUCGAUAUGCGAGCUACCGUAGAUGAAAGAAUCAAAGACAUUGCUUUGAAAUUCGGAUCGCAAGUGCCAAAAUCAAAGCUUUAUAGCUUCCCCAAGGAACUAUCUUCCCUUCCGGAGCUGCUCUUCCAUCUAAGGAGGGGUCCUCUAUUGGGAAACAUCAUUGGUCAUGAAGAUGAGAGAUCGGUGCUACGGAAUUUGUUUCUAAACGCAUCUUUCGAUCUGUCCCUUCGAAUGGUAGCACCACGUUGCUUGAUGCACCAAGAAGGUGGUACGUUCGAGGAACUACCAGCGUAUGAUCUUUCUAUGCAAUCAGAUAAGGCGGUUAUUCUUGACCAUGGCACAGAUGUAUUUAUUUGGUUGGGAGCUGAACUGUCUGCUGAUGAGGUGAAGAGUGCUGCAGUUUUAGCAGCCUGCAGAACGUUGGCUGAAGAGCUAACUGAAUUCCGGUUUCCAGCACCGCGCAUUCUCGCGUUCAAGGAGGGAAGCUCCCAGGCUAGAUACUUUGUUUGCCGGCUUAUACCAGCGCAUAAAGAUCCUCCUUAUGAGCAGGAAGCAAGAUUUCCGCAGGUAAGAAAGUUGACGACGGAGCAAAGAAGAAAACUAAAGAGUAGUUUUAUAGAGUUUGAUGAAGACAGUUUCUGCGAAUGGAUGAGGAGUUUGAAUGUUUUGCCUCCUGAGCCCAGGUAGAAACUUAGGUUUCAGUCUUCAUUAUAUCUGCUUCUAUCGCUUCUCUUUUGUUCUUUCGGUUACUGUAUUUGAGUCUUUUGUUUUUUAGGAUUUUCUCUUUCCAGUUUCCUUUGUUGUCAAUUGAAUCAUAUAUACUUUUGUUAUAACAGCGAAAUAAAAGUCUAGUCUAGUGAUUGAAUU